AUACUGAUUGCUAAAAAAAGUCGUCGCCACACAUAAAGUUGGGAUAGCACGCCAUUUCUAUAGUUGCUACUCCGUAUUUCUCCUCUUUUCCACUUUCGUUCCCGAUCUGACCUUCAAGUAAGAACAUGGCUGAAGCACUUGUUAACGUUCUCCUUGAGCGUUUGGCUACGGUCGCCCUUGACAAGGUUCGAGGAGAGUUCAAAUUGGUCUCUGGGGUUGAGGAAGAAGUCAACAGCCUCUCCCGCAAUCUGGAAGCUAUUCAAGCUGUGCUGGAGGAUGCAGAGCAGAGGCAAGUGACGGAGGCAACCGUGAGACGUUGGCUGAGUGAACUGACUGAAGUUUCUUACGAGAUAGAUGACGUUUUGGAUGAGUGGGUCACUCAAGUUCGAAAGAGACAGAUGGAGAAAGAAGAAAAACAUGCUCUUGCUAUUGCUAAGAAGGUACGUUCCUCUGCCUCCUCUUUCGUUUCUGGUAGCAAGGUCAGGCGGUUUAUUCAUCGUCGCGAAAUGGCUGGGAGGAUUAAAGAGCUAAAUGAAAGAUUAGCUUUGAUUGAUAAGGAAAAACAAAGUUUUAAUUUUCAAAACACCACAAGAGACCCUGAACUACUUGUGCGGCAAAAAACUACUUCUCUUCCCAAUGUUAAAACAUUUGGUCGAGAUAAUGAAAAAAACCUCAUAGUUAGCAAGCUGCUAAGUGAGAGUAGUGAAGGAAAUGAGUCUCCUCUUAUCAUUCCUAUUGUAGGGAUGGGAGGAAUGGGGAAAACAACUCUUGCUCAACUUGUUUACAAUGAUGAAAAUGUGAAAUCUUAUUUUGACAAGAGAAUAUGGGUUUGUGUCUCGGACCCUUUUGAAGAGAUCAAGAUUGCUCAAGCUAUCAUUGAAUGUCUAGAUAGAGAUAAUACCUCAAAAAAUUCAAAUCAGUUGCAAAUUCUUGUGGAAUGCAUAUAUGAAUUGCUUGAGGGUAAAAAAUUUAUCCUUGUCUUAGACGAUGUGUGGAGCCCAAAACUUACUCAAUGGGAAGAAUUGAUUAAAUCUUUAUGUAAUGGUGCUAUUGGCAGUAGAGUAUUGGUGACCACUCGAAAGAAGGAGGUUGCUACUUUAAUGAAAGCAACUACUCAAUUGAUCCUUUUGGAGGAGUUGGCUCAAACAUUUUGUUUGUCAUUGUUCUAUUACAAUGCAGACAUGAAUGAGAGUAGUGUGUCUAAAGAGUUACAAGAUAUUGGGUUAGAGAUUGUGAAAAGGUGCAAUGGGUUGCCUCUUGCUGCAAAGACAUUAGGAAGCCUCAUGCGCAAUAAGAAAAAGAUUCAUGAAUGGCAAGCUAUUUUAAGAAGUAAGACAUGGGAGUUGAAAGAGAUUCAACAAGAUGUUUUUCGACCACUAUUACUAAGUUAUCAUGAUUUGACUCCCGCAACCAAACGUUGUCUUUUGUACUGUGUUAUAUUUCCCAAAAAUUAUGUAUAUAAUAAAAAUAAUUUGAUUGAGUUGUGGAUGUCACAAGAUUAUCUGGAUGCCAAAGGAAGUAAAGAAAAGAUAACUAUUGGUCAAAAUCAUUUUGAUGACUUAGUAAUGCGGUCAUUCUUUCAAGAUGUUGUGGUAGAUGCUAAGAAUGAAAACAUAACGUGCAAAAUUCAUGAUAUUGUACAUGACUUUCUACAAUAUUUGACCAACAAGAAUGAAUGUUUGAUUCAAGAUUUUGAGUUGGGUGCUAGUGAAAGAACGGAGGUGCCAAAUGAUAAAGUUCAUCAUUUGACCUUAUUGCAUGCAACCGAGAGUGAUUCUUUGGUAUCUUUUCUCCUUAGUUAUAAAAAGUUACGUACCUUGACAGCUAUAGAUUCAUCCAAUAAUUCCACUAACCCAAUAUUUGAGUUGACAGUACAAUUGAAAUGCCUUAGGACAGUAAUCUUGCAUCCUAGGAACAAUGGUCUUGUAGAAAUUCCCGAAAUGAUAGGUGAAUUGAUACAUUUGAGGUAUCUUGAUUUAUCUGGUAAUGAAAAGUUAAAAGAAUUGCCCAGCGCCAUGGGUAGCUUAUACAACUUGCAAACCUUGCGACUUGUUGGUUGUGACAGUCUCCGAAAAGUAGAUGUGCGAAGGCUGAUUAACUUGAGGCAUCUUUAUGUUGAUGGCUGUGGUUCCCUAAGCAUAAUACAAGGAAUUGAGAAAUUAACAGAUCUGCAAAGGCUAGAUAGGUUUCGUGUCGGAGAUUGUGAUGAAGAAAACAAGUUCGAAGAUCUGAAAGACUUAAACCAGCUUCAAGGGGGUCUUACUAUUGAGACUAAGGGAAAUCCAAAUAUGGCGGAGAAAGCAAUUAUGGUGAAUAAGGCUCACCUCCUGCAAUUGAAACUAGACUUCCAAUUGAGUUAUUAUGCAGAGCGGCAAAGAGAAAUUAUGAAUGGCUUAGAGCUGCAUCCACGUUUGGAAUCUUUAUCGAUCUCUUAUUAUGAAGGCGGCGCCUUCUCCCGUUGGUUGUUGUCUUUACACAGCUUGAGAGUCCUCACCCUCAAGGAGUGCAACAAUUGUCGGUCUUUGCCUCCUUUAGGGAAAAUGGCGUCUCUUGAAUCAUUGCAUAUUGAGAGACUCGAUGGAGUUGAGAAGGUAGGAGCUAAGUUUUUGGGAAUAGAUGGGCAAACCUCGUCCUCCAUUUUCAUAUCUUUCCCGAAGCUGAAAAAACUCACCAUCGAAGACAUGCUGUUAUGGAAAGUGUGGGAAGGAGUGGAGGGUUGGAGGCGGGAAGAGGAGAAUUCUGAGAAUAAUAAUAUUACAAUUAUGCCAUGCCUCUCUCAGUUGACAAUUUCUUUGUGCUGGAACAUAAAAGCACUGCCAGACUUCCUGUGGAAGACACCACUACAGAAAUUGCACAUCAAGGCAUCUCCAAUCCUCCAAGAACUUUACAGAAGAAGAAAAAAAAGGGCCGAGAUUUCUCACAUCCCAAACAUCAAAUUAGGAUGAAUUGGUGGUGACUUGCAUUGCCAGCACUGCCGGACUAUGAGCCAUCAUAGAAGAUUGUUCAACUUGGGAUUGUUUCUUUGGUUCUACCUAGAAGAAAAUCAUACCAAGAUACAUGUAGAGCUAAUAUAUAUCGGAUUUAGAAUCGCCUUGGAGUUGAAAGCCUGAUCGAAUUUUACAUUAGUGGAGGAUGGGAAUAAUGAUCUGCCAAUAUUUGAUUGUAAUCCCAGCUCGAUCAACUUCCAAACAGGUCUCACUUCCCCAUUAAUGUGACAGAGUGAUAGGCUAAACAUCGAAUCACCAACAUCUGUGAACCUACCUUAGAGAUCGAUUCUCUACUUAUGCAGAGAGGAUAAGCACUACAUCUUCCUUCAUCAACAGAAUCUUCCUUGUAAUUUGUCCGCCAAACAAAGACAGCACGAGCUGAAAUGUGUGAAUAACUGUUGACUGGCUUGUUGUCGAAGACAGAUACAUUAACUGUCACGGAACCAGUUACUAUUCCAGGAAUGAAGACCUUUCUCUAUCUAGGGCAGUAUUUGUUUCAUCAAGCACACCAUGUAUCUACUGCAGAGGAUACGCCACAUCGAGGUCAUUUGCUGCUUUGGACUGCAUACAACCAUUAUGAUGCAUUGCAUGAGAUGAUUUUCUUAAAAGAUUAAUAUCAAGUCUAUCAUUGGAGGUCACAAACAGCACCAGGCAGAGACAUGUUCUUGAAGCAGGAUCGAAGAUCUUCCUGAUCAAAGAAGGAUAGUUUUCUUUCCAUUCGUCCAGUAGGAGGUUCCCUUUUGUAGAGAUUAUCAAAGUUAAAUGCUCACUGGCACAGAAUCUGGGUUUCUUCCAGUAAUAAAGGGAGGAACCUCACAUCUCCAAGAUGCCCCUCAACACGAUGCACAACUAGGAAAUUCCUUUGCAUUUCAGAUUUUUCAACAAUGGUGGAGAUAUGAGGAACCUUAGUAUAGAAAUUUCAAGACAAUUUCAUCUGCUAGAGGUGAUGCUGAUAGUUCUGGAAAACCUGGCAAAGCUGAUGAAAAACCUUAAAUCUCUCCGGAAAGAAGACCAGCAGCUCCAGCAUUAGCGUUAAUAAGUUUUCUGGUUUGGGAUCUGAGUGUUAUUUAAUUUUUACAAUCACAAGAACUAUAGCUAUCAUCUGCCAUCUUUUGUUUUUUUUUCUCUACUUCAGUAGGGGUGUGUGGUACUCUUUUCCCCUUCGUCCGGGAUUUUUGUCCCACUGGGUUUUAACCGGACAAGGUUUUAAUGAGGCCACUCAUUAGCACUCAUUUACAUGUGGAAUUGUGUUUUCAAGUGUUAAUGAAAUCCUUUUAAUCAAAUACGAA